CUCUGCAGUUUCAAUUUGCAUUCAACUUUCGAAUUCAAUACUCUGUUGCAAUCGCAAAUCAGUAUUUUCCCUUCUCUUCGCCAAAUACGUCCACAUUCAAGCCCCAAUUUCCCCCCUUUCUCAUUCUUCAAGGAUAAAGGAGUAUUUUCCCUAAUGUCUACCGUUGGCAAUUCAACGAAUAUUUUCUGGCACGAAUGCCCUGUUGGGAAGGUUGACAGGCAAAAACUGCUUAAUCAACAGGGAUGCGUUGUAUGGAUUACUGGUUUGAGUGGAUCAGGUAAAAGCACCCUAGCAUGCUCACUGGGUAGAACAUUGCACUCUCGGGGGAAACUUUCAUAUGUUCUCGAUGGGGACAACCUUAGGCAUGGUCUAAACAAAAAUCUUGGCUUCUCACCUGAGGACCGGACUGAAAAUAUACGCAGGGUUGGGGAAGUUGCAAAGCUCUUUGCUGAUGCCGGAUUAAUCUGCAUUGCUAGCUUGAUAUCUCCUUAUUGUAAAGACCGUGAUGCUUGUCGUGCAUUAUUGCCAGAAAACUUUUUUGAGGUCUUCCUAAACAUGCCUUUAGAGUUGUGUGAAGAAAGGGAUCCCAAAGGUCUUUACAAGCUUGCACGAGCUGGGAAGAUCAAAGAAUGUUGCAGGGUUUACAGGAAUAGAUGAUCCAUAUGAACCACCUUCGAAUUGUGAGAUUGAGAUAACCCAAAAGGAUGGAAUUUGCCCGACACCGAAUGAGAUGGCUGGGCAGGUGGUAUCAUACCUGGAAGACAAAGGAUAUCUUGAAGCUCAGUAACCAUAAGAAAUGUUUCAUGAUAUGCUGAUUAUUGAUGUUUAGAUUAGAUGAUAAUUAUGAUAUUAUAAAUUGAUUGCUCUGUUUCUUCGUUUUUCUUGGUCCUUCUUUUGAACAUUACUAGUCCAACAAUUUGUGUUGUAUUGUAUUUUUUAUGAAUAUAAAUAUAUAAAAUGUGGCAUGAAUAUCUUGGAUA